CUCCCAUUCAGCACACUCACUUGCCACAUGAUCGGACGCCAAUAGAAGUUUGAAAGUCAUAGUCCUGAGUUCCUCUCGCAUUAGAAUCGAUACAUAUAUCCAACCCAAUCAUCUCCAGAUCAAAAGCGGUCCAUCAUGAGUCCUCGUACAUUGACCUUUGUCCGAUCGGUAUGGGAGUCAUUUCGAGCGAAUUCGGGUUUGGAGCCAAGACUUCUAGAUAGUCUCCGUGUCACCGCCGCACGCCCCGGCGUCGUCAAUUUCGAACUCGACAUCCAAAAAGAGCACACGAACCGCCUCAAUAUCCUCCACGGCGGCACUAUCGCGAGUAUGGUCGAUCUGGGAGGUUCACUAGCAGUCGCCUCACGCGGACUCUUCGCCACGGGCGUAUCGACGGAUUUAAAUGUGACCUAUCUCAACUCCGGCGGGAAAAUCGGAGAUACCAUCCGUGCGGAAGUCACCUGCGACAAAUUCGGGAAGACGUUGGCAUACACGUCGAUACGUUUCUUCAAUGAUGCGGAUGAAGUCGUUGCGAGGGGCAGUCACACCAAGUACAUCGCCAUGGCAUGGAAGGACGAGAAGAACAUCACGGAUGAACUCUCGCCACGGCCGGAGAAAUGAUAGAGACACAGAAUCCGCAUCAUGGACAAAUUCAACGGAUCUCGACUGUCGUGAUCCAUACUCGAGGGCAUCAUGCGAGCGUAUUUCUUCUCUUCGUGCGAAG